AUGUUCGACCAACUUUUCGUAUCCCAUUUCAUCGAGUCAUUUGCCUUCAAAGAACCCUCAGGGAGGCAACCUCCUACCUGGCUCGAUAGCUUAGCUGAGCUCAUCGUCUCGCCUACUUAUGAAGUAGUCAAACACUCUAUUCGCGCGUCUUCGGCUCUUUUCUACGGUUCCCUGGCGCAAGACGUUGCAAUACAAACAGAGGCUUCGAGGUGGUAUUUGAAAGCUCUGCAGGGCCUUCAGUAUCAUCUCUCACAGCAGCUUUCAUCGUCUUUUAGCGGGGACGUGAUUUGUGCUGCCGUAAUGCUCACUCACUUUGAGAGCCUGGCUGACACGGCUCCGGGGGCUUGGUUUCAGCAUGUCCGAGGUGCAUCGUUGAUGGUUGCGAGGGGAGGCCCUGAGAGUUGUCGUCAGGGGUUUCUGCACAAUAUCUUCCGUCACUUGAGACUACUGACGGCAGUUUCAUCCCUUUUCAGAAACGAACAACAUCCAUUUUCAACGACUCAAUGGAUGACUGUGCCUUUCGAGAAACUUCCAAAGGGCCCCUUCGACGAACUUGUAGAUGUUUACUUCUCCCUCCUGCCCUGCCUGGCAAUUGCGGACGAAAUGAUCGCCGCCACGGGUGAGGAAUUCUAUUCUUUCAGAGCUGAAUUAAGCACUAUGGUGCAUCAAAUUAUAACACACCUACACACGUGGUGGUCUCAAUGUGCUUUCCGGACGGAUCUCAACCAAGCAAACCCAGAGCCAAACACUCCCGUCUGCAAAAAAAGACAUAUCGACACGCCCAGCGAUCCUUAUGACAUCCCACUGUUGCCUCAUAUGAACAUGCCAAGUGCUGCUUUGAGUGCUCUUUUCGACGCGGCGAACGUUAUAGUCUUCCGACUUCUCUCCCUGGUCUCAUCGUCAGCCCACAUAUACGGAUAUCGUAUCCAACAGCACAUCCAAUCGAUAGUGUCAGCCUUGGAAUUCGUCACCAAUAUGCCACGCCCUGUCUCUCAGCGUGGAUUUAUCAUGGUAGCCCUCCCUUUGCGAAUCAUACAAAUAUGGGCCCCGUGCAGCGGCAUAGAGCUAGGAGAUGAUACCGCAAGGCCGCUAGCGGACAAGUGGGCCCAGGAUGCCACAUCUUCUGCAGCUCCCGCAGAGUUUUUCGCACAUGUUGCUGCCUAUAUUCAUGGUCGCCAGAAAUGA